AUGAAUGACGGUACACUCGUCAUUCGUGGAGAGAAGGUUCCGUCGCGAAAUGUAGGCAGUGUCGGUUUUGCUGUGCACCCAUCUGUCGUCCAUCUUGCCGAUUCUCACCAGAUCCUGCCAUCUCGUCUGGGCAUUCUUCUCCUCCGUCCUCUACGCCAAAAACCCAUCAGUAUCAUCAACUGCUACUCACCAACAUCAGCAGCUGAUGAAAAUUCCGAAUUGGAAGCGUUUAGCGAGGAGAUGGAGGAAGUGAUCCGCAACGAGAAGUCCUUCUACAAAUUCGUUGUCGGAGACUUCAACGCAAAACUAGGAAUGGCUACAGAAGUGGAAUACACGAUCGAAAGAUUUAGACUAGAGGACCGGAAUGAAAAUGGCAAUUGUCUCGCCGGGAUGUCCGCCUCUUUCAUGGGGACUCUCUUUUCAUGA